AUGAAGUUCGUUAUAUUAGCUUUACUUGCUUUGGCAUCUGGACUCCAUGCAGCAGAAUUGGACCUCAAGAAAUUAGGCUUUGUCCUUUUUGGAAAGCACGGUGAAGGUACUGGAGUUACUCCAAAGGCCGGCGAAUGCCCACUAGGUACUCUUCCCGACACUGUAUUCCUCCACAAGACCUUUUCAAAGGGUGGUAAAUUCUUCACAUGGGUUAGACCAGUACAUGGUAAGGUUCAUAAACUAGUAUGUGGAACCGUUGCUGUUUGGGAGGCUGCUGUUGGUGAAGUACUCCUUGACUUGCACUUUGUAGGUAACAAGGAAUCUGAGAAGUUCCUCCACUUGGAACUUUUCCACCCAGCUGUUGGUUCACAUCAUGUAUUCCUUAAAUUCGCUGCUGGUGGUGCUCUUGAAGCUCAUCUUGGUAUGGCAGCCUUUGUAGCUGGUGUUCAUGGAUUAGUCGAAGGACUUCCUGCACUUGAAGGACUUCCCGCACAUCCAUUUGUACACGCAUUGGCCGCUCAUGCUGCUCAUCUUGCCCAUCAUGAUAAACAUGCUGCACUCAGUGCCGCUGGUGGUCUUGUUGUCGCCUAA